ACUCUUUUGCACCUCACUCUCUCUUUUUACAAUCCUCCUCUCUCUCCUAGGUUCUGUCGCUCAGUGGAUUUGAUCGCCGGAAACCGUAUUCCGGUGAUCUACUUCUACUGUCUCCUCCUUCCCAUCUAUCUUAACUUUCCAAUUUCGAUCAAUUUCUCGAUCCCCCGCCAAAUUUCAUUUCCUCUGCGAUAAUAUUUUUAAAAACCAAACGACGACCAGAAAGUUACAUUAAACUUUUGAUCCAAUUUUAGGGUUACUGUCCGUGCAUGCGGAUCCAUCGAAGCUCCCCAUUACACCCCCCCCGGCUCAUCCUUCCCUCAUCCUUAUAGUUCAUUUCCGACCAAAACCUAGGGGUUACUGUAGGAGGAUCCAUCGGGAUAAAUUUCGCUUCCCUUUUGGUCUCUCGAUGUUAAAGAAGAUCAUAAGGGGAGGGCACCGCAAGCCCUCGAAAUCGGAUGCUAACGACCCCUCUCUUUACGGCUUCGGUCCGCCGGGGAGCCGUAAUGCCGGGUCGGGACUUGGUUCUAAUCUAGUGGUCAACCAUUCCUCUCGUGCAGCCCCUGCUCCAAAUUCUGCCGCCACCGGGGCGGUUGCGACCCCACCGCCUCCGCCCAUGGGCUCCAUGGAGCCUCUUCCUUUAUUCCGUGACGUGCCCGUGUCAGAGAGGCAAAAUCUGUUCUUGCGGAAGCUGCAGAUUUGUUGCUUUCAGUUGGAUUUCUCUGAUACGUUGAAGAAUGUUCGCGAGAAGGAGAUUAAGAGGCAGACCCUCUUGGAACUUGUGGAUUUUAUCCAAUCCGGGUCGGGUAAGAUCACCGAGACUUGCCAAGAGGAGAUGAUAAAGAUGGUUUCGGCUAACAUCUUUCGUUGUCUGCCACCGGCAUCCCAUGAGAACACGGGCCAGGAAGCCACAGAUCCAGAGGAGGAAGAGACGUAUUUGGAGCCCUCUUGGCCGCAUUUGCAGCUCGUCUACGAGCUUCUCUUGAGAUAUGUGGUGUCGUCCGAUACCGACACAAAGGUCGCCAAGAGGUAUAUUGAUCAUUCCUUCGUGUUGAAACUUCUUGACUUGUUUGAUUCAGAAGAACAGAGAGAAAGGGAGUACUUGAAGACAAUUCUUCAUAGGAUUUAUGGGAAGUUCAUGGUGCACCGGCCGUUUAUUAGAAAGGCAAUUAACAACAUCUUUUAUCGGUUUAUAUACGAGACAGAGAGGCACAGUGGGAUCGGAGAGCUGUUGGAGAUUCUGGGGAGUAUUAUAAAUGGGUUUGCCUUGCCAAUGAAAGAGGAGCACAAGUUAUUUCUUGUCCGGGCAUUGAUACCACUGCAUAAACCCAAACCCGUUGCUUUGUAUCAUCAGCAACUGUCUUACUGCAUCGUUCAGUUUGUUGAGAAGGAUUACAAGCUUGCUGAUACUGUGAUUAGGGGAUUGUUGAAAUAUUGGCCUGUUACCAACUGUCAGAAGGAAGUUCUCUUUCUUGGAGAACUUGAAGAGGUGCUAGAGGCAACACAGUCUGCAGAAUUCCAGCGCUGCAUGGUUCCUCUCUUCAGACAGAUAGCCCGCUGCCUUAAUAGCUCUCAUUUUCAGGUUUCAGAGCGAGCCCUCUUUUUGUGGAAUAAUGAACACAUAGUGAGCUUAAUCGCCCAGAACAGGUCUGUCAUAUUGCCACUCAUUUUCGAGGCAUUAGAGAGGAAUAUUCAGAGUCAUUGGAACCAGGCAGUUCAUGGACUCACUCUCAAUGUUAGAAAAAUGUUUUUGGAAAUGGACACUGAGCUUUUUGAUGAGUGUCAGAGGGAGUUUGCAGAGAAAGAGGCCAGGGCCAAGGAGGUGGAAGAACAGAGAGAAUUGACAUGGAAGAAACUUGCAGAUGUAGCAGCAAGGAAAGGAGGAGAGGACAUGGUCACUGUCUAAUUUGAUUACUCAGGGUUGGAUCAUCCAUGACAAACAGUCAGAUAGAUGGGGGUUGACAGGACGUAAUCCUUCCCAUUUUGGUGGUAUUCUUUCUUUUUAUUUUGUUUUUUUUUUUUUCCAACUUAUUCUUCUCUCCUUUUAUUUUUUUGAUCUCAAAUUCCAUCAUUAUUGGAGAUAGCAGAAAGCGCAAGAUAAAUGUAAUUUAAUUUGUAUGGAAUUUGUUAGUAAUAUGCUGCAGAUUAAGAAUGAUUUGUGAAAAAUGUCUUUGUAUUUCUUUCGUCUUUAGGGGUUAUUACCCAUACAGGGAAGUCCGAAGUUUCAUUAGUUUUGAAUAUCUCAAAAAACUGGACCUUUUUACCAGAUGCAAGGAAUGUUAUUGAGGAAGGCAGGCUUUGCUGUGUUGCUGCAAAAGGUGGUAGGUAUGGGGGGAGGCUUAAGAAUGGUUGUGUGAGAAAAAAAGUGUUCUAAUAAAAGCAUUGCCCGUAGUUAUUGAGAUUGAAGUAUAUGUGGAAUCAUUGAUGCUGUUUCAGAGACCCGUCAAUCUAAUGCUGAAGAAUGUUCAAGGAGAUGAAGUUUGCUUAUAACUCAAAGCUUUUGGCUUCUUAAUAUUUGUAAAUAUUCAACUUCAGUGUCUUGAAAUAACUGGUGCUUUUGUUAUUUUUAUAAUCAUGGGGCGAGCUGUUGAAAGA